UCAAAAGCUUCUUUGUAAAAAUCAUAAUGAGCUUAGUCUUAUGUCCUUCAAACACUAUAAAUACAUCAACCAAUGUGCAAACAUGAAUAUAUCAAACACAAGAACUUGAAGAACACCAAUAAUGGCAAGAGCAACUUACCAUAUUGCUGCUCUAUCACUCCACAUGAUUUGGCUGCUAUUUCUUAGCAAACCAUGCACUGCUUUAGAGCCAAAAAUUACUCGAUCAUUUCCCUCUAUUCUCAUAUUUGGUGAUUCCACAGUAGAUACGGGAAAUAACAACUUCAUUUCCACAAUUUUUAAGGCCAAUUACUCUCCAUAUGGCGCAGAUUUUCCUGGCCAUGUUGCUACCGGAAGGUUCAGCGAUGGAAAACUCAUUCCUGAUAUGGUGGCCUCUAAGUUAGGGAUAAAAGAGCUUGUUCCUCCAUUUUUAGAUACUAAAUUGUCGGACGACAAUGUGAAAACCGGAGUCAGUUUUGCAUCUGCUGGCUCGGGCUUCGACGAACUCACAGCCUCUGUAUCCAAUGUAAUUCCUGUGAUGAAGCAAAUUGAUAUGUUCAAGAAUUACAUCCGAAGGCUUCAAGGGAUUGUAGGCGUGGAUGAAAGUAGGAAGAUCCUUAAUAGUGCUUUGGUUAUUAUUAGUGCAGGAACCAAUGACGUAAACAUCAAUUUCUACGACCUUCCCACGAGGCAGCUACAGUAUAAUAUUAGUGGUUACCAAGAUUUUCUACAGGACAGACUACAAAGCUUGAUCAAGGAAAUUUACCAACUUGGAUGUCGCACUAUGGUGGUAGCUGGGCUUCCUCCAGUUGGUUGCCUUCCCAUUCAAGAGAGCAUAGCAUUUCAAAACCCCCUAGAUCGAAAAUGUUUGGAAGAACAAAACUCAGAUUCCAAAGCCUACAAUCAGAAGCUUGCACAUCUGCUGAGCAAUUUACAGCCACAGCUUCCUGGAAGCACAAUUCUAUAUGCUGACAUUUACACUCCCCUCAUCGACAUGGUCAAUAAUCCUCACAAUUACGGUAAGCCAAUAAAUCAUUUAAUCGAAUCACAUGUUUACCUGAAUUUUCUCAUUGGGGCAUUUUGUCGAACAGGGUUUGAGCACGUUAACGUAGGCUGCUGUGGUACCGGGAUGGCAGAAGCAGGACCUCUGUGUAACAGUAAAACAAGUACAAUAUGUGAAAACCCAUCAAAAUUUAUGUUUUGGGAUAGCAUUCAUCCCACUGAAGCAGCUUACAAGUUCAUCACCGAAUCGCUUCUCAAGCAAUUUGCCGAUCGUCUAAAUUAG